AUGGGCAGUCAGGCGCAACUAGUCGGGCCUGUCUCAUACAGCGCCCUUAAAACGUGGAUCUAUGAUCAAGAAGACUACGAGCGCCGCACCGGCGAGCCGGCGCCGUUGACGGACGAACAGCGUCUCGCCAUGGCCGUCCUCGUCUCGCCACAGCCACUUUCGCCCCCGGCUCUGUCCCUCAAGCAAGAGGGAGUCGAUGGGAUGGAAACCGACUGGUCUUACAAGGAUGCCAUUGUACCCGCCGAGUACGUCUACGAGGAGCUCCCGGCUAGCAUCCAUGGCUCGCCACAAUGGCGCACCCGAUGCCGACUCCCUCGCGAGGCGCCCGACCUCUGGUUCCCGGAUUUCAACGAACCUCGUCCAGAGGACAGCGUCUUCCCGUCCAAGAAGGCUUCAAGACAGCAUGCGGCACGAUGCGCCAUUGAGUGUCUCAUCUCUCAGGGUCUCAUGUCUUCGGACGGCUUCCACAUUAAGCAUGCUCUCAAAAGCACCGCAACAGCGCUUGCCAGUUCGGCCAGUUCCACAGCGAUCACGACAGUGAGAGACAAUACGCCGUCGGCUCGAAAUCCGUCUCAGAGCCGGCCCCGACCGUUGGUGGCUUGGCCAGCAGAGGUUUCCGCCCGGCCUGCGACGGAAUGGCGUCUUGGGCGAGCCGAGGAGCAAGCUUCACCCGACCAGGGGAUCACUGCCACAAACGUUGUGGGCAGCCGAGGCAACAUGUCCAGCUUCAGCGAGCGGCCGCCGCACUCCUGGAGCGAUGGCAACGACCUCAAAGUGUCCAGCAUCCAGCAACUCGAUUCGUUGUGCAAGGCGCUUAAGCUUGGCUCGCCCACGUAUAACCUGGUGCCGAGCGGCGAAGGCGCCGAGAACAUCUUUAGCGGCCGUAUUGUGUUUUCACCGCUCAGCACCAAGGGUGGCGGGACCAGUGUAGGGCGUACCCUGCCUGAGGGCGUCGGCGAGGUGCACGAUGUGUUUACCAAGAAGGCCGCACGGGAGAAGAUGGCGCAGAGUGUUUUGCGAUAUCUGAUGACGGCAUACGAGGAUGUGUUGGACACGCGCUUGGGAGAGGUGGGAGCGAUAUGA